AUUCAACUUCCAUUCCAAUGUCUGCAUUUAACCUUUAAACCCCAAUCAGUUAUUAUUCCGUUAACUUGGGCAAUGUACGAGUAUAUAAAAUAGUACCGAAUGUCCUAACAGAGCAAAAUAGAAAUAAGGUAUUUGAAUGGUAUAAAAUAGCCAACCAACAUUAUACCUCCAAAACCACCAGAUGGGGUCGCUGGAAAGAGUCAAUUAAACUGCCCAAAACCAACUAGAAUAAUAUUUUCAUAAUAUUUGUGUAUUAUACUAGCUUGGAUGGCAAUAAACAAUUUUUACGAUUUGACUUUGCCAGUACGGUAUAAUUUAGUAAUCCUUAAAAAUUUCGAUAAUCGAUAUGAAAUUAUGGUUACUCAUUCUGUGUUUUUUUAAUUAUGAAGAAUAGAGGUUCGAACUCUACCUAUGAGAGCAUAAUUCACUUCGUCACUAGUCAUUUACUUCUCCAAGCGAUCACCCGUGACAAUUAAGUUAGUGAUAAUUCUCAAAGGUGGACAUCCUGUUAUAAUAGACAAAACGAACCCUGAAAUGAUUCAAUGGCUACACAUUUGAUAGGAUGAGAUAAAUGUCCGUGAUUAGAGCAUCUACCUCAAUGCAAUUAUAAAACCAAUUGCAUACGUAGUUUCCCACAUCAUACUUUACUUGAUACGAUCCAACUCGUGAUAGUAUCUAGCUCCCUUUCAAUUACAUUUGUGAUAAAAUGAGGGGAGAAUAUGUGGCUUGCACCUUGAAUUUAAGCUUACAUCACCGACUAGCCCAACGCAUUUCCUGAAGUUGAAUAUGUCAGUUGAAACAGGAUAUAUUUUCAAGAAGAUUACUUUCCGAGUCCUUUCUGGUAGAACAAGCGCAAUGAGUUUCCAUGCGUGUUGGGCACGGACAAGCACUGUACAGUGAAAGGGUAUGAAAAAUCAAAAGUCAAAACCACCCCAUGAUGGGAAAAAAUGCAUUUUUCAAGCUCAAAGGCGUGUCUGUUUGAAAGAAGCCAUAAAGAGGUGUUUACGGUGUCAAAUGCAUACCACGAAAUAAGCAGGCAAAUCAAUUGAGGUGAAUAGAAAAAUUCGGUGUUUCUCCCAAAACUCUUCUUCAUUGUACAACUAGUCGUUCAGACAUAUAACCAAAACAUAGCAUCUUCACCCAACAAAUGUCAUCUUACAUGAAAAUAGGUUGAAAGGUCUUACCUUUAGCUCCUUUUUUUUUUUCUUCCUAACCAUCAGAUUCUGCGUCAACUCCUCGGAUUCAGCUCAGAGCUUCGAGCUUUUGGGUAUAGAGUUUAGGACCGUUGGCCCUUGCAACUGCUGUCGUACUCCUUCUCCACACUUUAAAUUCCAAUCUUGUAUCUACCAUUGGACCUCAUAACUGCAGCAGAUAAAAAUCAUACCGCCCCCUCUUUUUGCAGGAGGAGGAUCACCUUAUCAGUAGAAAAAAGUAGAGUUCUCAAUGGCCAAAAAGCAAAUGGAGUCAUUAUAUUCCUAGAGCUACUCACUCUCUGGUUAUCUAUAAGCUCAUCAAAAGUAAUAUGUUCAAGUGUUCAACAUAAUACUACAAAGUGCCAACCAGAUUUGAAAGGAUGUGUGCACACCUCCUAUUGAGCAAAAGGCUAAAUCUUUCUCAAUGGCUUCUCCUGUUGUAGGAUGAAAACAAACACCCCCUAACUUGAGCAAAGGAAAAACUUCAGAAAUCAUUUGUGAACAUGGGCGAAACCAGUUCGAAGCCUGACUCAACCCUCUCCUAUUACCAAGUACUCAUAGACCCCGAUAGCAUUGGAUGUAUGUAUGUAUCCAGUUCCAGUAUCAUAGUCCACCCCAUCAUAAAAGGAAAUGAAGAACAGCAUCCCAACCUAAUUAGUAGUAGGCAUUCAGCCAUUUGUAUGGGUGUGUGGAUGAUCUUUCCUCCGGAUUGACCAACCUACAGAUCACCCCGGUUUCAUGGUGAUUCCACCCCCCAAAAUUAUUUCUAUUUCACUGUGUUUAAGCCUCAGACGACAACAUCCACGCCGUGAGGCUCUGAUGCAGUGAUUCUCACAUUGUCAAAUGAACCCACAAAGGGCAAAAAUCAAUCAAAUAAAAGGUGAAGAAUCGAAUUUAAUGCGACUUGUUGUAUGAUCAAUAAGUGACGCGGCAGAAGUAAGCAUCUUACUCACUUCCCAACUCCUCCAAUCGACAAAAAUCAGACAUCUAGCAUCAGGAAUUCCAGUAUAUAGUAGUGAAAACAGAUAGCGGAAUAGAAGGAAGCAGUAGAAAGUAGAAACAGCCGCCGCUUAAAAUCCAAUGGGUGUGAAUUAGCGCAUCGCGCAGCCAGUAGCUAUCCAGCCGCACACUUUUCCGCAGAUCUCAGACCGCGAAGAAUGCUUGGAAUGUGGCGGCGGCGGUGAUUCUAGAGGAGCUCCUCGCGUUGUUUACCACUAACCAGUGCCAGCUGAAGCAUUUGGGACGGCGGCAAGGGGAACUGGCUCCAAAGUCGGAAGUGGGAAUGGCCGGCCGAGAUAGAAAGCUUGCUGCUUCAUGCUUGCUUCAUAGUUCCCAGGUCAUAACUAAGGGUACAAUGAAGAGGGAUGGGCCGGGCCGGGCCGGGAUGGGCUGAGAAAAAGGUAGCGUCGUCUGGUCUUGGACAUUACUCAUGAUUGUGGGCCGCGAAGAAUCAAUGAUUGAGCAGCAGGUUAUUCAAGCUUUUUACCUGGCUCUUUUUUAAUAUCCAUUGGAAAUUUUUAUAGGAAACUCCCCAAUCACGUUAAUUGGUAGCCGGUAGCUAUAUGUAAAUGGUGACAAAUUAAUCAUUCGAUUAAGCUUUGUAGUAAAUGAAUACACUGUUUCUUUUUCCAAAUAUUUCAUCUGCAAGUCUUGAUCAUGUUUGUUAACUCACUCUAUGCCAACCUCACAAGUCACACCAGCUGUGUUGCAUAUGUACGUGGGCACCGGGCUGUGCCGCUCACUAGCAUGGCACUGUUAGAGCACAGCACGAGCACGGGCACAAAAUAAAUGGGUCAUUCCGGCACGAGCACGAAUAAUUUAUGGGUCAAUGUCGGGCAUAAACUUCAUGGGCACAGGCACGAGCACAUCACGGUAUAUAAGAGGGCCGUGUCGAGCCUAAUAUUUUCGAGACUUUAUUGAGUAUAAGAACGGACAUGACACGAAUAUAAUAUUUAUUUGAUAGAAAAUAAAUAUAAAAAAAUAUAGGUUCAAAUAUUAGGCCUAAACACAAGUAGAAAAAUAAUUAUUUGUUGUUGUUAGAAGUGUCAUAAAGAUAUAUACGUAAUUACUAACAUAAGUAAAAAUGGACAAAGAAUUAAACAAAGUCAAAUCACACUCGCUAUACUUCCAAUUUUCUUUUCCCCUUAUUUAUUACUUUUCUCAAACAUUAUAGGUUAAUACUAUCUUCCCUGUCCAAUUUUCACCUUCUUUUUCAUUCUCUCUUUCGUUUUCGUCAUUUUCAUUAAACACGAAUACGAGUAUGACACGAUCACGAAUAGGCACGACACAAUUCGAACCGUGCCCGGACCUGGGCCGGGCCUAACAAAGUUAACAAAUGGACUUGCAUAACACGACACGAAAACUGACGAGCCAUGCCAAGCACAGCACGAAAUAAAUAGGCCCGAACCGUGCCCGUGCCGGCCCAACCACGGCCCCGCGACCAUGUACACUUGCAUACAUGCCCGCAAACAGAAUUGGUCAUGACGAACAUUUAAAGCAUAAAUAGCAUAUUGUGUCUUUAGAAAUUUACUCGAUAAAAGUUCAUGAAACGUUGUUGCAAAUUACGUGAAAUUAACCAAAGUUGUGGUAAAAAUCAUGAGGCGUUUUAGAUGAUUUGGGGGUAGCCUUGAAACAUGAAGCGCAGAAGGUAUAAAUCCAAUUUGAUUGG